GUUGUAAAAAUGAUGAUUGUGGUUGUAUUGACAUUUGCCAUCUGCUGGUUGCCAUAUCACAUUUACUUCAUUCUUACUGGAAUCUAUGAAAAUUGGAAUCGGUGGAAAUACAUUCAGCAGAUCUACCUAGCAACGUUUUGGCUGGCUAUGAGUUCUACUAUGUAUAAUCCCAUUAUCUACUGUUGUCUCAAUAAAAGGUUCCGGGCUGGUUUCAAGAGAGCUUUUCAAUGGUGUCCUUUCAUUGAAGUAUCUAGUUAUGAUGAACUGGAGCUUAAGACAACGAGAUUCCAUCCUACCAGGCAAAGCAGUUUAUUCACCGUUACCAGGAUGGAAUCCAGCAUGUCGGUAGUGUUUGAAUCUGGUGAUGGUGAAAGCAGCAAAUCCAUGCGCAAGAAAGGAGCACAAGAAGCCAACACAAAUGGGUAUUCAUGCAGGAGUUCCAAAGCUAGUUCAGCAGUGUCAAGUUACAUCAAUUCUCCAUAUACAUCAGCGGACGAGUACUCCUAAAAGCCUUUCAUGCAUUUAUAAGAGAUGUGAGACAAAGUCACGUAGCCAAGAAAUAAGACAAUGCUAUUCUGCCUUAGGAUCAAACAUCUGGAAAGCAACCAUGCUUUAAAUAGGGAGCACUAACUGCAUGUGUAUAUAUCUUGCCUAUUAUCAUCAACCUUCUUUUGAUCCAACCCGGGGUUUUUUGUGUGUGUGUUUUGGAAAAGGCAAAGACAGAGCCUUGUUUACAUUAACUUUGUGACUUAGUGCCAUGGGAUAAACUGGAAUCUCCAUUGUAAACUAUGUAAAACAGGUGCGAUUAAGAACAAUUUGUAACCCACUGAAAUGAGCAGCAAAAAAAAUGUGUCAUGUUUUCAAUGUUACUUAAAUAAUUGCUCUGAAUCUACAGCUUAUGAAACAACAAUAUGUGGGGUGGAUCUGUUCUUUGGAAUUAAGAUUAAUCUAAUAUUUAUUUAUUUGUUUAUUUAUUAUUUGUUUGUUUGUUUAUCUAUCCUCCCAUCUCAGCAAAUGACUUUGGGGUGGCUCACAACUCAAUGUACCUGAUUUGUAUCAUGCAAGUGUUCUAGGAGGAUAACAUGAUUUUAACGCUGAGGUAGAUGAAUUGCUACUGUCCUUCUGAAAACCUGAGAUUGUUUAACAUCUCCACUGUUUGCAGUCUUAAGUGAGGAAAAGCCUCACUUUGAGUACAGGGGCUCCAAACUGUCAAGAUACAACUCUGAAAUUCACUACAACACAUUAAGACUGCUAAUUAAGCAUGAGACACAGCAGUUGUUGCCAUUUUUUAAUCGUUCUGCAUCUGAUUAUCUGCCCCAUCAACUGUACAGCAGAUACAGAACAUAUUCAUGAAAUGGACCAGAAUGAGCAGGUCUUCCCAUUUGUUGUUUUCAUAGACAUACAAAUGUCUGGCUUGCAUUCAAACAGAAAAAAUGUCAACACGUGCUUUUCACUGUAUCACACUAGAUCUUCAGAUUAGCUUGUGUGAUAGCUUUCUUAACUCUGUUAAUCACAUUGAUAUCCAUAGGUAUCCAAUACAAAUUGCUAUGUCAUGGAAAAUGACAAAAAAUACAGUACAUUCCAAUUAAGUCACAAUGUAACUCCCUGGGCUUUCCUACUUGCAUCUUGUGAUUGUAUGCAAGCAUGUUAUUCAUAUGAUCUGCAUUUCAAUGUGUGUUUCAUCAUCUGCAACACAUCAGCUCCCUUCUGCAGUGUGGAAUCCUCUUGGAAUUGAUGGUAUCUUUUAAUUAUUAGCAAAAUAUCUUCCAGCAACAUUGCAAAUAACAGCUAAAGAUUUUUUUUAUAAUUGACCUUCUUAACAUUUAUUUCAUCUUUCCAUCAAUUUUCACAUUUUGAACAGUGUUCUCUCCAAGUCAAAUAUAAUUGCUAAAAGUCCUGGGCAAAAGUUCUCUUCUCUGCAUCUUAAAGUUGCUAGCACCGUUUCCAGUGUGUUCCAACAGUUCAAGAAAUUUAGAAUUACUUCAUCACCCCCAAUUGCCCAGGAUAUCAUCCAAUCCUUGUUUCAACACUUUGCAUCCUUUCAGGCUAUAAGACGAUGAAAGUCACUCAUUACUGUGGGGUAUUGUUUAGAUGAUGGCUAGGUUUGUGAGUGCAACAAAACAACCUGACUGUCCUUGUGAGCUGUAGAAGAUGCUAUCUCGUUGCAGUAUUAAAUGUUCAAUUUCCAGUCCUAUGGGCUUUUUAACUUGUGAGUCAUUGCAUUUACAUGUGUUGUAAAUGUUUUAAAAUGCUUCGUGCAUGCAUUUUAGAGACUGUGAAAUAAUGAAUUACCCCUAAUCUUGCAGAGCUGCAGAAUAUUUUAAGCGUAAUUUGUCUGUCCUAAUCUACAAUGGGGUCUUACAUUCUAAUUAGGAAGAAUUAUUUUCCAAAUCAUGAGGAAAAAUAGAUGUGGCAUGGAAAUACACUUGGCACAACCACAGUCCGCUUCCCAAAAGCAGAGAGAGCUCAAUUUUAGAUAUUAGCAUGAAUUGCAGGAGAUAAACUUCAGCAAUAAAGGACAGUGCUUAAGACUCAAGUUCUAGGAUACAUAGACAUUUGCCCAAGGAGUGCCAGUAACUCAGGGUGUGAAACUCGCAGCCCAUGGGCCGGAUGCGUCACGUGCUGGCCACGCCCACCCCCAGUUUAACAAGUGGGAUGAAAUUGCAGUAUGUCAUGUGGUAACAAUGUGUCAUCACAAGUUUGACACCCCUGUGGUCUGACCUAGGCUUCCCAAGAGCAUGAAGCAAACUCCUAAUCCUGACAA